AGGCGGGAGGCGGGAGAGAGCGGUGCGCUUCCACGAAGCAGCUCGCGGCGGAACUCGGAUCUCCCCUAGGCACCAAGAGGUCCCCAACCUGGGCUGGAACCUUGCCCUGCACAGGACUGGUGUUUCAUCCCAUGUGAAAAUCAAGAAACCAAAUGAAGAUUUUUCGGUGCAAGAUGCAGUACUGGAUGUUACCAGUUUUUUUGGCAAUUGGUUACUUUAGUGUCAUUGUCCAGGGUCAAGUGGCUCCACCCACACGGUUAAGAUAUAAUGUGUUAUCUCAUGAUAGUAUACAGAUUUCAUGGAAGGCUCCAAGAGGGAAAUUUGGUGGAUACAAACUUCUUGUGUCUCCAGCUUCAGGUGGAAAAACCAAUCAAUUGAAUCUCCAGAACACUGCGACAAAAGCAAUUAUUCAAGGUCUUAUGCCAGACCAGAAUUACACCGUUCAACUUAUUGCUUAUAAUAAAGACAAAGAAAGCAAGCCAGCCCAAGGUCAAUUCAGAAUUAAAGAUUUGGAAAAAAGAAAGGAUCCAAAACCCAGAGUCAAGGUGGACAAAGUAAAUGGGAAUAAACCAUCUGUACCAGAAGAAGUGAAAUUUUUCUGUCAAACUCCAGCUAUUGCUGAUAUUGUAAUCCUGGUUGAUGGCUCGUGGAGUAUUGGAAGAUUCAACUUCAGGCUAGUUCGGCUUUUCUUGGAAAACCUGGUUACAGCAUUCGAUGUGGGCUCAGAGAAGACACGAAUCGGUCUUGCACAGUAUAGUGGUGACCCCAGAAUAGAAUGGCACUUGAAUGCCUUUAGCACAAAAGAGGAGGUGAUCGAAGCUGUCCGAAAUCUGCCAUACAAGGGAGGAAAUACGCUAACAGGUCUUGCUUUGAACUACAUUUUUGAAAAUAGCUUUAAGCCAGAAGCAGGAGCAAGGACUGGAGUAUCCAAAAUUGGCAUUUUAAUCACAGACGGGAAGUCCCAGGAUGAUAUUAUUCCACCAUCCAGAAACCUUCGUGAAUCUGGUGUGGAGCUGUUUGCCAUAGGGGUGAAAAACGCGGACGAGAACGAGCUGCAGGAGAUCGCCUCUGAGCCGGACAGCACGCACGUGUACAACGUGGCCGAGUUCGACCUGAUGCACACGGUGGUGGAGAGCCUGACCAGGACCGUCUGCCUGCGCGUGGAAGAGCAGGACAGGGAGAUCAAAGCCUUGGCCCUUGCCACCAUUGGGCCGCCUACGGAGUUGAUCACUUCUGAAGUCACUGCCAGAAGCUUUAUGGUUAACUGGACUCAUGCCCCAGGAAAGGUGGAAAAAUACAGAGUCGUGUAUUAUCCUACCAGGGGUGGAAAACCAGACGAGGUGGUGGUGGAUGGGAGCGUAGCUUCCACGGUGCUGAAAAACUUGAUGUCCUUCACUGAAUAUCAGGUCGCAGUGUUCGCAGUUUAUUCUCACACCGCCAGUGAAGGCCUGCGGGGCACCGAGACCACUCUUGCCUUGCCCAUGGCCUCCGACCUUGAACUGUACGACGUGACUGAGAACAGCCUGCGGGCCAAGUGGAAAGCGGUGGCCGGGGCCUCGGGGUACCUCAUCCUCUAUGCUCCCCUCACCGAGGGCCUGGCUGGCGACGAAAAAGAGAUGAAACUUGGAGAGACCCACACCGAUAUUGAACUGAGUGGGUUGUUGCCCAACACGGAAUACACAGUUACAGUGUAUGCUAUGUUUGGAGAAGAGGCCAGCGAUCCCGUUUCAGGACAAGAAACAACAUUGCCCUUAAGUCCACCAAGGAACCUGAGAAUCUCCAAUGUUGGCUCUAACAGUGCUCGGCUAGCCUGGGACCCGACUUCUAGAACGGUCACUGGUUAUCGAAUUGUAUAUAACAAUGCAGAUGGGACUGAAAUCAAUGAGGUCGAAGUCGAUCCUAUUACUACCUUCCCUCUGAAGGGCCUGACUCCCCUCACGGAGUACACUAUUGCCAUCUCCUCCAUGUACGAUGAAGGGCAGUCAGAGCCUCUGACUGGAGUUUUUACCACGGAGGAAGUUCCAGCCCAGCAAUACUUGGAAAUUGAUGAGGUGACGACAGAGAGCUUCAGGGUGACCUGGCAUCCCCUCUCGGCAGAUGAAGGGCAGCACAAGCUGAUGUGGAUCCCAGUCUACGGCGGGAAGACUGAAGAGGUUGUCCUAAAAGAAGACCAAGACUCACAUGUUAUUAAAGGCCUGGAGCCUGGCACUGAAUACGAAGUUUCCCUGUUGGCUGUACUGGAUGAUGGAAGCGAGAGUGAAGUGGUGACUGCUGUCGGGACCACACUUGACAGUGUUUGGACUGAACCAGCUACAACUGUAGAACCUACCAAGCCUGUGACAUCAGUUUUCCGGACAGGAAUCAGAAACCUGGUUGUAGAUGAUGAGACCACUUCUAGCCUGCGGGUAAAAUGGGACAUUUCAGACAGCAGUGUGCAGCAGUUCAGGGUCACCUACCUGACUGCUCAAGGGGACCCUGCGGAAGAAGUGGUAGGAACGGUCAUGGUGCCUGGAAGCCAGAACAACCUCCUUCUGAAGCCUCUGCUUUCCGACACCGAGUACAAGGUCACGGUGACUCCCAUCUACGAUGACGGAGAAGGCGUCAGCGUCUCUGCCCCUGGAAAGACCUUGCCACCAUCUGGUCCCCAAAACUUACGGGUCUCAGAAGAAUGGUACAACAGGUUGCGUAUUACAUGGGAUCCCCCAUCUUCCCCUGUAAAGGGCUAUAGGAUCGUCUAUAAACCUGUUAGUGUUGCUGGCCCAACCCUAGAAACUUUUGUGGGAGCUAACAUUAACACCAUUCUUAUCACAAACCUCCUCAGUGGAAUGGACUACAAUGUGAAGAUAUUUGCCUCCCAGGCCUCUGGCUUCAGCGAUGCCCUGACAGGCGUGGUGAAAACACUGUUUCUGGGUGUGACCAAUCUUCAAGCAGACCAGAUUCAAAUGACCAGCUUGUGUGCUCAGUGGCAGGUGCAGCGUCAUGCCACUGCCUACAGGAUAGUUAUAGAAUCCGUCCAGGAUACACAAAAGCAAGAAUCUACUGUGGGUGGAGGGACAAGCAGGCAUUGCUUCUACGGACUUCAGCCUGAUUCACAAUAUAAAAUCAGUGUUUACACAAAAGUUCAGGAGAUUGAAGGACCCAGUGUGAGCGUAACGGAAAAAACACAAUCCCUUCCGACUCAGCCCCCUACGUUUCCUCCAACCAUUCCACCAGCGAAAGAAGUAUGUAAAGCUGCCAAGGCAGACCUGGUGUUUAUGGUGGAUGGAUCCUGGAGUAUUGGAGAUGAAAAUUUCAACAAGAUCACUGACUUUCUGUAUAACACUGUCGGAGCCCUGAACAAGAUCGGCGCAGAUGGAACUCAAGUUGCAAUGGUUCAGUUUACUGAUGACCCCAGAACAGAAUUUAAGCUAAACACUUACAAAACCAAAGAGACUCUUCUUGAUGCAAUUAAACGUAUUUCAUACAAAGGAGGAAAUACAAAAACAGGAAAAGCAAUUAAGCAUGUCCGAGAUACCUUGUUUAAUUCAGAUUCAGGGACCAGAAAAGGCAUCCCGAGGGUCAUCGUGGUCAUAACUGAUGGGCGAUCACAAGAUGACGUGAACAAAAUCUCCAGGGAGAUGCAAUCAGAUGGCUACAGCAUUUUUGCAAUCGGCGUGGCCGAUGCAGAUUACUCGGAGCUGGUGAGCAUUGGCAGCAAGCCCAGCGCGCGCCACGUCUUCUUUGUGGAUGACUUCGACGCCUUUAAGAAGAUUGAAGAUGAGUUGAUUACUUUUGUCUGCGAAACCGCUUCCGCAACCUGCCCACUGGUGCAAAAGGAUGGCAUUGAUCUUGCAGGAUUUAAGAUGAUGGAAAUGUUUGGUUUGGUUGAAAAGGAUUUUUCAUCCGUGGAUGGAGUUUCUAUGGAACCUGGUACCUUCAAUGUGUAUCCUUGUUACCGACUUCAUAAAGAUGCCCUGGUUUCCCAGCCAACCAAGUACUUGCAUCCAGAAGGAUUGCCUUCUGAUUAUACGAUCAGUUUCCUAUUCCGGAUUCUUCCUGACACUCCAGAGGAGCCAUUUGCUCUUUGGGAGAUUUUAAAUAAAAAUUCGGACCCAUUGGUUGGAGUUAUUUUAGAUAAUGGUGGGAAAACCCUAACCUAUUUCAACUAUGACUACGGUGGCGACUUUCAAACUGUGACUUUUGAAGGACCUGAAAUUAGGAAAAUUUUCCAUGGAAGCUUUCACAAGCUACACGUUGUUGUCAACAAGACUUUGGCCAAAGUGGUUAUUGACUGCAAGCAAGUGGGAGAGAAGGCGAUCAAUGCAUCGGCUAAUAUCACGGCGGAUGGUGUUGAGGUCCUGGGGAGAAUGGUUAGAUCGAGAGGGCCGAACGGAAACUCUGCUCCAUUCCAGUUACAGAUGUUUGAUAUUGUUUGUUCCACAUCCUGGGCCAAUAGAGACAAAUGCUGUGAACUACCAGGCCUGAGGGAUGAGGAGACUUGCCCAGACCUUCCACAUUCUUGCUCCUGUUCUGAAACCAGUAAAGGGACUCUGGGACCAGCAGGCCCACCGGGUGGUCCAGGACUCAGAGGACCGAAAGGCCAACGAGGAGAGCAGGGUCCAAAGGGACCAGAUGGCCCUCGGGGUGAAACAGGCCCUCCAGGACCUCAGGGUCCCCCUGGACCCCAAGGACCAAGCGGUCUGUCCAUUCAAGGAAUACCUGGAAUGCCAGGCGAAAAAGGAGAGAAAGGGGAGACUGGCCUGCCUGGCCCACAGGGCGUCCCAGGAGGCGUUGGUUCACCAGGACGCGAUGGCUCCCCAGGCCAGAGGGGCUUUCCUGGAAAGGAUGGGUCCUCUGGCCCUCCAGGACCGCCAGGGCCAAUUGGCAUUCCUGGAGCCCCCGGAGUCCCCGGGAUCACAGGAAGCGUGGGACCCCAAGGUGCCCUGGGACCCCCUGGUGUCCCGGGAGCAAAGGGGGAGCGAGGAGAAAGAGGUGACCUGCAGUCUCAGGCCAUGGUGAGGGCGGUGGCACGCCAGGUGUGCGAACAGCUCAUCCAGAGUCACAUGGCCAGGUACACGGCCAUUCUCAACCAGAUUCCCAGCCACUCCUCAUCAAUCCGGACCAUCCAAGGGCCUCCUGGAGAGCCUGGGAGACCGGGCUCACCUGGAACCCCUGGUGAACAGGGACCCCCAGGUACCCCAGGCUUCCCAGGAAAUGCAGGUGUGCCAGGGACCCCAGGAGAACGAGGUCUAACUGGUAUCAAGGGAGAAAAAGGAAAUCCAGGCAUCGGAAGCCAAGGUCCCAGAGGACCCCCUGGGCCAGCAGGACCUGCCGGGGAGAGUCGGCCAGGAAGCCCGGGGCCCCCUGGCUCUCCUGGACCAAGGGGUCAACCAGGUCACCUGGGGGUGCCUGGACCACAAGGUCCUCCUGGCCAGCCUGGAUACUGCGACCCCUCUUCGUGUUCUGCCUAUGGAGUGGGAGCUCCCCAUCCUGAUCAGCCGGAAUUCACUCCUGUCCAAGACGAGCUGGAAGCAAUGGAAUUGUGGGGCUCUGGGAUCUGAUAGCCUCACGAGAAAUUGAAGACCAACUGCAAGAACUCUUAAGAGACCUUAUUCAAGAACAAUGUCAUUAUGUGGUUUGUAUAUUACCUUUUAAGGGCUUGUUUCAUCAGCCUAAAUCUCCUCCUUGGAUAUUGUUAUUAUUGACAAAAAAUUAUAUUAAAAAAAUCCCCUUAAUCUAUGAUACCAUAGGAUUGAUUUUUCUUUGCUGUUUUAAUGACAUGCCAGAUUAUUGGUUUUUCCACAGAAGAGUGCUCAGAGGAAAAUUGGCCCAAAAAAAUUGAACUAUGGAAACUUUUCUAUGUUUGAUGAUCUCAAGUCCUAAAAUGCAACAAGACAGAUAUGAUUGUUUUUAAGGGAAAGGGGUCCUAGCAGAACAGGAAUUUAAAGAGAUUCUGAGAUUAUGCCAUUUAUCUGUGUCCCCUGUGGCCUUGAUGAAAAGAAAAAGGGAUAUUAUUGGAGAAACUACCUCUUGCUCAAUUGAUGUGUCCAACUCUGAGAUUACUUGGUAGCUGGUUUCACUGCUGUCCAAGGACAUACAUUACAACAGAACCUUUCUGAAUUUGGUGCUAUUAAAAUUAGAUUUAGUUUUGCAGUGGUUUUUGACAUGUACAAUAAUGACUUUUCACCAGUUCUGAUGCAAACAGAUCUAGUUUUGAUGGACUACUUAUCCCGUGGUACUCCAAGGAUUGCCCUCCUUCUCUACAUGGCUUACUUUGUACAUGCAGAUAAGUUUUUGCAAAUCUGUUUCCAUUCUCUUUUGUAAGCAAAUAAAAAUGUAAAACAAUGUGUGUGGACUCUUUUUACUGCAUUUCUAAAAGUCACCUUAAACUUAGCUGAGUUUUAACCAGAAAAAGAAGAGCUGGCUUCCUUCAGACAGGCAUUCAAACAUUCAUUCAUUCAUUCAUUCAUUCAUUCAUUCAUUCAUUCAUUCAUUCAUUCAAGUGUAGUCUAAAGCUUAACAGAAGAAGCAGUUGACUUGAAUUUUAUCAUUCAUUUAUAACCCACCAAACAGCAAUGGCAGUGAAAAUGCAAGACCGAUGGUAAAUAAAUGUUGAUGAAUGGUUGACUGAAGAGCCAUAUAUCUUCUGGUAUUUUUUUUAAAAAAAAGAAAGCCUGAAAAACUCCAGAAGGCAGAGAAGAAAUGAGGUUGACACUAAUAGACUCUAACCCCUAAACUCUAAUUCAUCUUUUGUUCACAAAGGAAAAAUCUAGAUAUAUGAGAAAGAUUUGGGUUCUAUUAUUUACUGUUGAAAAUAGAAGUGAAAGAGAACCAUAAUCUUAAUGUAUGCUCUUUUUUCCUGUAACAUCUGUCUAGUAACAGCUUAUUUUAAAUAGUAGAGAUGGGGUCAGUUAUCACCAGAAGCUGGAUUCUUCCAGGGUCUACUUGUGUGCCUUUGGGGGUCCAGGCAAAGCGCUUUUUGGCAUGUUUGCAGGAAUGAGAGAUGACAGUGAGCAGAUACCAACUGCUGUCCCCUUUUAGUUACGGUGUUAUGACUCCAAGUGUAGAUAGCAGGAGUGGUGAAGAGGAAAACUCGCCCAAGGUUCAUCAGGAUGGCCUGACCCAGAAUCACGUGAGAGAACUCCUCCUUAAAUGACUGGGGUGUGUCAUCAGUCACCUCAUACCUUUGUAGCUUAGAUUUCUUAGUCUUUUAACAAGUGAGUAGAGAGAGUAUAUUCUGUAUGUUUUAGUAUUUGGUUCUUGGAAAUUCAGUCUAAUAAGGUGUCACUCAAAAGACCCUCAAAGUUUGUUAUAAAUGAAGUAUAAACCAUUAGAAGUUUUAAUUCAUUCGAAUCAUUCUUCAGUUGUGCAGAUAUACUUGGCUUUGAUUUUACUUGGUGAUCUGAGUUUGUUUAUUUAAGCUACAGGAAAGUUUCAUUAGUUUGGAAUGUGUCAUCACUUGGACCCAAUAUAUCAGAUUUUUAUUGAGUGAAAUGUUCAGAAUAAAAGGUGUAACUCAGAUUCAGGACUUUUGUGUUUAUAGUACAUUUCUGUGUAAUAAAAUCUGAUUUUGAA